GCAGUUUGGGUGUGAGGCUGACGGCACUGACGCUGGGCGUGAGGAGGGUUAGACUGAGGGGGUGCGGAAAGGAACUGCUAGCCCCGCCCUCAGUCCCUACCCUUUGGAGGACAGCGCUUCCCUCUUAGAGCGUUUGCCGCCGCCGCGGCCGCUACCUUAACUUUUUUCGUGCUCAGGAUCUCCCUGCCACGCGGAGUCCAGGGAGGAAAAACGAAGCCAAGGCGCCAGUAUCCACACCUCCCACGCCACUUUCAGCCCAAGCUUGCCCCAGCAGGGAUGGGCGACAAGAUCUGGCUGCCCUUCCCCGUGCUUCUCCUGGCUUCUCUGCUCCCAGUGCUGCUGCCGGGGGCGGCGGGCUUCACGCCCUCGUUAGACAGCGACUUCACCUUCACCCUUCCGGCCGGCCAGAAGGAGUGUUUCUACCAGCCCAUGCCCCUGAAGGCCUCGCUGGAGAUCGAGUACCAAGUUUUAGAUGGAGCUGGAUUAGAUAUUGAUUUCCAUCUUGCCUCUCCAGAAGGCAAAACCUUAGUUUUUGAACAAAGAAAAUCAGAUGGAGUUCACACGGUUGAGACUGAAGUUGGUGACUACAUGUUCUGUUUUGACAAUACAUUCAGCACUAUUUCUGAGAAAGUAAUUUUCUUUGAAUUAAUCCUGGAUAAUAUGGGAGAACAGGCACAAGAACAAGAAGACUGGAAGAAAUAUAUUACUGGCACAGAUAUGUUGGAGAUGAAACUGGAAGACAUUCUGGAAUCCAUCAACAGCAUCAAGUCCAGACUAAGCAAAAGUGGUCAUAUACAAACUCUGCUUAGAGCAUUUGAAGCUCGUGAUCGAAACAUACAAGAAAGCAAUUUUGAUAGAGUCAAUUUCUGGUCUAUGGUUAAUUUAGUGGUCAUGGUGGUGGUAUCAGCUAUUCAGGUUUAUAUGCUGAAGAGUCUAUUUGAAGAUAAGAGGAAAAACAGAACUUAAAGCUCCACCGGAUUACUUACAUUGAGAUAAAGAGGCAUAAAAAUGCAAUAAGCUGGUACUAUUAGUAGUCUUUUCCAAAAUGUUUUCAGGUAUUAUCAUUAAGUGUAAAACAAGUAUCAUUUUAAUGUGAAAGGAAAGUCUUCACUUUCUGUGCAAAUAAUCUUAUCAAUUCAGUUGUUUUUAAGUGUAUAUCAGGAAUAUUUUGUAAAAUACAAGUUUAAUUGAAUGAAGCCAUAUUAAUAAUUGCAUUUUCCUAAUUUUGAAGAAAUUUUUCAUGUCACAGUGAUUAAAUACAUAAAUACUGAGUCUAAAUACAACACCAAAAAUCUGCUUUUCCCCACAACUUUCUUUGUAAAUGUGGCAGUUAUAAAUCAACUGUAAAAUUUUUUAAUAUAGUAAGUUAUGUAAAAUCAUGUAAGAAUGAUUUGACUAUAUCAUAUAAGAAUGAAUUGACUAUAUCAACUUUUCUCUUUAUAUAUGCAUCUCUCCUAAAAGAUAAAUAGAAGCAUAGCUUUGAAAUAAACAUUUUUAGAAUUUUUAAAACCAAAUAUAUUUCAGUGUAAAAUAUUAACAAAAUGUAUUAGUUUUAUAUACUUAGCCUAUAUCCAGAAGUUGACAUUUUGGUAAUUCUUGAAACCACAAAAGCAUACUUUCUCAUUAUAAUUAGGACAAGUUUUCUCUUUGAAAUGAAGAUAGAAUUAAAAGUUUUCUAAAGUGAAGAUAUAUAGAUAAAGGUUGUCAGCCUCCCUAAGGAUGCAUUCUGUCUAGACCUUAGCUAAGGUAUAGAAUUUUAAAAUUAUAUGUGAGAUAAAAUAAUUUUAUUUUUGUAUUAUCUGUUGACAGUAUUAUGUUCUAACAUGAUUAUUGACUUCGAUAAUACAUUAUUACCAACAAUUGUGAAGGAAAUAUUGCUAAGAAGACCUGGGCCUAGUGUAAAUAAAAUAUCUCCUUUUCUGAGUUCUGAAAAUUAUUAGAAAUAAUAGAAAAGAACUGAAGUAAACUUGAGAAUAUCUGAUCCAAAAUAAGGUUCACUUAGGUGGAACUGCAAAUAAAUAAAAAUCUGGAAUCUGAUGACUCAUCAUGAUAUGCCAAUACUAAAAUAAAUCAUUAGUGGUUAAGUUCCAGUUAAUUGAAGAAACUGACUGUGGGUUUUAUUUUCUACAAUUAUUCUGUUUUGAAUUGUCUUUUAUUAGUAUUCAGGUAUAUUUUAUGAAAUAUAAGCUCUACUGUAAGAUUUAAUACUGGUUGUACACACUUACUAUAAUUUUUAUUAGAGCAUUCAUUUCUGAUCACUUUAUUUAUUCACAUUGAAGUAAGGAUUAGAAAGAGUCCCAAGUUUUAAACAUAUAAUAUUUAAAUAAGCCAUACAUACAUAAAAAAUAUCUACUAUCCUAGUUUGUCUGUAGAGUCUUAUUCAAGUACUAGUAUUUUUACUUCAUCAUAAAUGAAACAAUUUUUAAGUUAUACCCAUUGAUAGUAUUAUGAUAAAUAUGAGUUAGAAACAAUCAACUUAAAAAUUGGGGCAUAGCUGGAUGUGGUAGUGCACGCCUAUUAUCCAGCUACCCAAGAGGCUGAGGUACGAGGUUCACAAGUUUGAGGCCAGUCUCAAGAACUUAGUGAGACCCUGUCUCAAAAUGAAAAACAAAAUAAAAAGGGCUGGGGAUGUAGCUCAGUGGUAGAAUGCUCCUGGGUUCACACAUACACACACACAAAUUUGGGCAUAGAACCCAUUUAUAUACAGGUUAUAUUUAUAUUGCUGGAAUUCUUGAUAAGCAAUAAAAAUACCCAGAAAAUUAGUGAUUCCAUUUAUAAUUUACACUCAGUGGUACAGAAAAAAUAUAUUUCCCUCCUUUUUUAGGCCCUUAGAAGAAUAGAAAGUUAGAAAUUAUUCAGAGACUUUUUUCCCCCUUCCAUCAGUGCUGGGGAUCGAAACCCAGGGCCUCAUGCAUGUUGGUCAAGCUCUCUACCAUUGAGCCACCUUCUCUUUUUAAAAAUGAGGUAAAUGCCAAAUAUAAUUAGUUACCUUAUUUGGCCAAAAAGAUACUUCAGGUAUCUAAGAGAAGCCCCUAUGACACAUGCAGAGCAAAGGCCAGUAAGAUCAUUUUUAAUGAAAAGUCCUCCUUUUUCCCCUUUCUGUUAAAUUCAUAAUGAGAAUCCUACUUACAGUACUAUAAAUAAUAAAGCAGGGUACAGAUAUAACUACUGCAUCUUUUCUAUAAAACUGUGAUUAAAAAUUCUACCUCUUAUAUAUGGCUAUUACUGUAUACUGUACUUAAUUUCUUACCUAACACUGAAUUAUUACAUCAUCUUCUACCUGUGAUUUCGCCACUGAUUUUAAACUUAUGAUUCAGUAACUACUUACCAUAUAAUAGUGUCUUUAUUUGGAAAACAAAGAAUUUACUAUUAUUAAGGACAAUUAUAUUUUUAUAAAUGCAAAGUGAAGAGUGAUAUUUAAUAAGCUUGUUACCUGUAUUGACCCAAAAGAGUAAAAUUUGUAAAUGAAGAACAAAAAUCUUUAACAUUUUUGAAGGCAUAUUAUCUGUUUCAUGCCAUUUUCUAAUGUCACUUUCUAAAUUAAAAUUAUGCUCACAUCAAAUAAGCUGUUUAUCACUGAAGAGCUGAUUGUGUCUUUGCUUAUUAAUUAUAUAAACUUAAAAUACUGCAGUAUUUAAGGCCAAAAGUUCAUUCUGAUUUGUAUUUGGAUCAUUAUUAAAGUGCUAUUCUUUCAUUUGAAUGUCAACAUAUAGAAAGUAAAUAACUGAAAGUAGUAUUGAAAUGAACUACGAAUUGAAAUGUAAUUUCAUGUCUGGUAUAUUUAUCUUUCUGAAAUAUUAUGUCUUAAAGUUAACUGAAACUGAGUACCUGUGAUUACGUAUAUUUUCAAAUGAAAAUCUUUAUCUGGAAUUUUUAAAGAAAUUAAUUCAGCAUGUAAUGUUUUUUUUAUCUGGAGUGUGAUGCACAGUAUUGCUCAAAUUGUUGUAUAUUUGUGAACAGCCAUCUUAAAUGAACAAUGGACUCCCAAGUACUGAGUAUAUAUAAUAAAAUUUAAUUUUUUUGGGUGGAGAUGUCGGGGGGAUUUCAACUGAAUAAAAAUUAUUUUCAAAGAAAAUGUUACCUACCAAUUAUUAUAAAUGCCAUCUACUCCUUAAAUCCUUCAUGUCAAUCUUAAGUUAAAUGGGUUUCCAAUCCCAUUUUGAAAACCAUAGCUUCUUGCAUCUCUUUAUAUCAUACUAGUUUGAGUUCUAUUUAUAUAUGUACAUAUUUAUCUGUUGCCUAGACAUGCAUUGUACCUAAUUGUACCUAAAAGAGCAUCAAAAUAUAAAGAGGCAAAAAUCAUCAUUUUCUGGAGGUUUUUGUUUGUGCUAGGGAUUGAACCCAGGAAUGAUUUACCACUGAGCUACAUCCACAGUCCUAUUUAUUUAUUUUUUGAGACAGGGUGUCACUGACUUGUUGAGGCAUUGAACUUGGGAUCCUCCUGCCUCAGCCUCCUUAGUCACUAGGCUUACAGACAUGUACCACUAGAGAAUUUGUUCUUCAGGUCUGGAGAUGGCUCAGAAGUCUUAGUUUUUAUUCAGUACAAUAUGGAAUUCUAUAGUUACCUGUGAACAUUUGCUAGCUAGGUGAUGUUGGGAAAUCAAACCCCUUUGAGCCUAUUUCUUCAUUUGUAGAAAUAUUUUAAAUCCAUCUUAAAACUUGUUAAAAUAUAGCAUAUAAGGGCUGGGGAUGCAGCUCAGUGAUAGGGCACUUGCAUAGCAUGUGAGGCCCUGGGCUCAACCCGCAGUACCAGGGGAAAGGUGGAGAAUUGCAUAUAAUAAAAUACAGUGAUUGAUGUAGCUUGGUAUAUUACUGGUCAUUUUCUUCAUACCAUCAGACAAGCCACUUUACCCCACAACCUGAUAGAAAUCCUUAAGGUACAUUUCUGUUCCUGCAUUCUAUCAUUUUCAGGUGUCUGGGCUUGUGAAAGCCUUCUAUCAUAAAACAGAGCCAUGUACACUUAUGUCCAGAGAGGGGCACAGAUUCAAAAAUUCAGACCUAGAAUAAUAUUACGUAUAAGAGAGCACAUUAGGACAGACUCUGGAUCCCUACAUCUAAAAGAAAAAGACCUGUAGAUUAUUCACUGACUGUGAAUAACAGUUUAAUAAUGUGACAACUUAAAAAACAGCAAAAACUAAAAAACUAGUUUUUCCAUUUUAGCAGGCCUAGGUGUAUUAAUGUGUCUUCUAUAUUUGAUAAGUAAAUGGGGAAGCAGUAAAAUGAACAUUGAGAAUCAAUAAUCCAAUACUGAUAAAAAUUCACUUACAAAGUUACUAUUCCCCAGAGUUUUUAAAUAGCCACAAUCAUCAAAUGUUUUAAAAGUGAUUAUUGAGGAGCUGGGGUUGUGGCUCAGUGGUAGAGCACUUGCCUGGCAUGUGUGAGGCACAGGGUUCGAUUCUCAGCACCACGUGUAAAUAAAUAAAUUAAUUAAAGAAAGGUCCAUUGACAACUAAAAAAAAUUUUUUUUAAAGUGAUUAUUGAUACAUACAGUAUCAAAUGGGAGGUUGGACUAAAUCUAACCUUUCUACUCUUGAAUUCAAUUCUAAUAGGAUUAGUAGUGACGUUUGUAGGAGAAAGCUAAAAAGACCAGAACUUCAAAAGAUACAUUUUAGGGUUGCUUUACCAGGAAUUGGAUCACUCACAUAUUGGAUAUGAAAUAGUAGAGCCACUCUGGAAAAUAUUCUUGGUGGUUUCUUAUAAAAUUUAAAAUGCACUUAAAAUGUAACUGUGCAUUUGUACUCUUGGGCAUUUAUUCCUAAGAAAUGAUACUUAAAAA